CGUAGUUGCUGCCUCGCACCUUAAAGUGGACCGCUCUAUGAACAGAAAUACAUUGCUUUCUUGACCAUCUCUACCUACCUCUACUGUGUAAUGAAACCCGUGCUACUAGUGAUUAGCGCCCGGUCUGACUAUGGAGCUGUACGCAGCCGGAUGCAAUGCCUGGCAGCAGCUUGUGCGCAGUUCCGGUGUCGAAGCUGAUCACGUCGCUGAUGUGCAAACGUUCCAAUGCAUCUUGCGGGGGCAGACAAUCCAGCCGCCCGUGUCGACAAUCAUGUCUACUCUAGUCCGACACGACAGGCAGUACACAAGGCUAGGCUAUGAAACAGCUCGCCCGGUGCCAGAACACGAAGCUGAAUUUCACUCUGUUGCUUCAGCAAGUGGGAGUCGACUAUAUGGUCCUAUUGAACACUCUACAGUACGGCAAACAUCAAAGUUACGCCUCGAAAGGACUGGGGUACCCGACGUGGAGAUAGCUUUAGACAAACCCGUGGUACAAAUGGCAGCAUACGACACAGGGUUUGCGGUUUUGUACACUGAUGGUACUGUUGCUACUAUGGGAGACCCUCGCUUCCCAGAAUGUUUGGGUAGGGAGGUUUCCGACAAGCAACCAAGCAAUGCGCUUGCAACAGUGGACGACUUGGAGGGCCUGGACGAUCCCGUAACACACAUCAGCGCUGCCUCAUAUACUUUAGCAGCGUUAACAAAGAGCGGUUGCAUAUAUGCUUGGGGUCGAUCCUCUAGUGGUACUCAUCGCCAGCCACAAGCAUUGUCAAACUUGGAGGGCAUGCCCAACUAUGCUGCUGUAGCUUACGACACAGACAUUGCUGAUGUAGCCAUUGGCGAUGGUCAUGCUAUAGCACUUACUACAGAAGGGACUGUCUAUGUUAUUGGAAGUAAUAGCAAUGGGCAGUUGGGGCUCGGCGACGCUUCUGUAUCAAGAGUGGACGAUUGGACAAAGUUGGACUUUCAGGCCCCAACGGGCAACGUAAUUAGCAGAGUCGCGGCUGGACCGCGAACAUCAUUCAUCAUCACAGCGAAGCAAAUAUAAUAGAAACAUAAAGCAUUUAGCCGACGUUCUUUUAUUUGAUUGAAUUGUUUUGUCGUCCUCUAUUAUACAUUCAUCUUGCGUCGAACGCUAUCAUAGACUCGUCAAGUAAUCCUCAAUUUCUUGAGGUGUCAGUUUACGGAAGCGGGGGCCUUCAGCUCCCUCAACGCCCUCAAUGCCCAGCAGAUGGUUAGCGGGAGGACCGACAAUACCAAUCUCGAUCGAGUCGCCAUUCAUCUCGCCCUCAAUGUUAUCCUUCAGAGUGAGCAAGGCAAUGUGGAUGGCGUCUUCGAGCUCAAGCUCCUCAGAGUAACGCUUCUCCAAGAACGUCUUGGCCUUGGUUGCACUCUUGCCAAUGGCAGUAGCCUUCCAGGGAAAGUAGCUGCCCGUGGGGUCGACUUGGUAAAGCAUAGGACCGCCCUUGUGAAUGCCGCCAGUCUUUGUGGUCUUCUUCUUCUCGCCGUUAUCCUCAUCGGCACCCUCCUCCUCGUUCUCGGGCUCAAUACCGUCAUCCCAGCCGGCAAUGAGCAUGCUGACACCGUAAGGGCGGACACCAGCGGACUGGGUUGCCUCCUGCAUCACUCGGGCGACAUCUUGCACCAAUAUGCGGGUCGGGGGGUAUUCGUUAUAGAUUCUCUUGUAGCCGGUGUGUGAAACCUUGCGCGCGCGAUCGACCAGGACUCGGUAAUCAGGGCCCAUGCCGGAGUAGACGGUGCCAAUGUUGGGUGUGAUGGUGCUGAUCUUGGACAGGGAGCUCUGGUCGGCCAAUGGCGAUGACGACUUCUUUUCGGUAGCGAGGACAAUACCGUUUGUGGCUAAAUGGCUUCGUGUGAGCUUGACGAACAACGGUACAUGGUUUGGGUAGUCAAGGGAAGCUUGCUUACCUUUGAUGCCUAGGGCGGUAAUACCCUGGUUGACAGCGUUGAGCGCAUACUCUGGAGCGUCGAGUUAGUGGGUUGUAUUCGGGCGAUUGCAUCGCUUUGAGCAGCUAUUGGAAACGCAAUAGAACCUCUUCGGAUGCUAGGGAGGACAUACCAAUCUGCACCAGCUUGCCACUAUUUAGAUGUUAGCAACGUCAUUCCUACGCAGGCGGGAGGAGCAAGGCGAGACGAGGCGUACCUGGGCGAGAAUGUUGUGAGAGAGAAGGAAUAUCUGUCCGCCAUUGUUUCUGGAGAGGCUACAGCUUAAUCUGUGACUGUUGCGUAGCUUCAAUGUUGUUGAUUGUGAUGGCGGAGAGUGAUGCGAUGCGGAUUGAUGCUGCCCCAAGCCAAACUAAACUGGCCGGACCUCUAGGCACGACGACCUGCGCGUCAAGCUUGCCAGAGCUGUAGCGGGCAGCGG